AUGGCCGCAGUCGGAGACGAGAAGCCUCGCGUCGAGCACGUUGAGCGGCUCGAGGCCGUUGUGUCGGCCCCGAGUGUCGACGAUGGCGAUCUCGCGGACGAGAAGGACGUCCAGAUCCGCACUGAGCGGACCGCCGGUGAAGCCAUUGUGGCUCAGCAGACAGCGAUCCCGCUUACGGGAGAGCGUAUCCCGACCUCCAAGCUCGAGUACAUCGUGUUCGCCAUCUUCUACUUCCAGAACAACGGAACGCCGAUCGGCUCGCAGGCUGGCCCUCUACGCCAGAAGCUGCUCUCCAUGGCCUUCCCAGACAGCAACAAGAAGGCCAUCAUCCCCUGGGGCGGCACGCACAUGUUCCUUAACUCGUUCAUCCUCGACUCCUCUGGUAUUCUCUUCGCCGUCACGCUGGUCGUGAUGCUGGUUGUCGGUCCUUAUGCCGACUACGGUACUUGGCGACCGUAUAUCCUGAUGUUCGGAACUGCGCUUUGCUCAGCCAUGACCUUCGGUCUUAUUGGCGUGUACAAGCCAUCACAGUGGGAGCUCGCGAACGGCAUGUGGAUCGUCGGUCAGCUCGGAUACAACAUCUCGGUGUCGUUCUAUCAGGCGACGUUCCCAUCCAUUGCUCGAAACCUGCCUGCUGUGCUGCGUUCGGAGGCUGAUGUUCGUGCCGGUCUGAGGACCCCCGAGGAGCACGACAUCGUUGACCAGUACGAGCGUGCCAAGCUCUACAACAUCUGCAACAUUGUCGGCUCUGCUCUCGUCGUCAUCUUCUACGGCGCCGCGAUCGGCAUCUCGUACGCUAUCACGCACAACAGCACGGCCGACGGCGUCGUCAUCAAGGCCUACCGCGUUCUCCUGGGUUACUUCGGCGGCGCCAUCGUCGUGUGCUGUCUCCCCUACUUCCUCAUCGGCAAGCACCGUCCCGGUCAGCAGGUGCCCGACGGUGUGCCAAUCUGGCAGGUCGGUCCUCGCCAGGCGUGGAGCGCGGCCAAGGCCGUUGUGAAUCUGAGGAACGCCGUUUGGUACCUCAUCGCCUAUGCGCUUCUCGGCGAGGCGAGCGGAACCGCCGGCGGUAUCACGGGAACUCUCCAGGCCAACGUCAUCAACUUCGACCCCGUCCAGAACUCUGCUUUCGGCCUGCUUGCGGACGUUGCGGGUGGUCUCGGCACCGUCUUCAUCCUCUUCAUGCACAAGCGCUUCAAGUUCUCCAUCAAGACGCUCACCCGCUACGGUGCCAUCAUGACACUCAUCCCGCAGCUGUGGGGUGCGAUCGGAACGUGGACACACAAGAUCGGUUUCCACAACUCGUGGGAGUUCUGGGUCAUCCAGUGCUGGAACUUCCAGACCGCCGCCUGGGGCUCGUACUCCAUCACGAUGAUCUCCGAGGUCGUCCCCGCGCCCAAGAUGUACCUUUUCUUCGCCCUGUUCGCCACGAUCAACCGCACUUCGGGAUUCACCGGCCCCUUCAUUUCCAGCGCGAUCAACGAGCGCGCGCACGGCAACACGAACGCGGCGUACUGGUUCUGUCUCGGCCUCGGACUGCUCGGCAUUGUGUUCGUGUGGAUGGUUGAUCCCGACCAGGCCAAGAUCGAGAACGCAAAGUACCUUGAGCGCGAGGCUAACGAGUUCUACUCCCAUGAGCAGCGACAGAGGCAGCGAGAGACGCUCGAGCACGAGCUUAACGAGACCGGCGUCGUUACUGCUGAGAAGGACGCGGAGAAGGCGGCCCACUAG